CUUACAUAAUUGACAACUCAGCGGUAAGUUAAGCACUUAGCUAGAUAAGAUAAGAUCCCGACCACAAGACCAUGCCAGUGCUCGGUCGUCGCGACGGUGCUGGAUGCGCACGCAACACUGGUUUGAGCCCGUUCGGCCGACCGCCCCCACUGCUUGAUUCCACUCACACACGACGAGGGCGACGGCCCACGCAGCCAGCUCGCUCUUGAUCCCCGCUAUUCAGCGACGCGCUCAGAACACACCCUGACCAUUGGUGAGUCGUGUGCGCGUCUGUCGCUUUCCUGUGCACACUAUAAUGGCGUUCACCGCCCUCGACUAGCUACCCGCGAUGCCUUCUCGGCUGAACCCCACCGCUGCGCUGUUUCCCACUGGUCCUCACGGCGCCCCGUCCGACCCAGCCUGGCGUCGCCAGCGGCUGCUCCGCAUUGGGAACGAAGCUCCCGAGUUCGGUGAAUCGUCUGCCUUGCGUCCCCCUGGUCCGACCCGAGCAACUUCGUACGGCGCUGUCGUCACGCAUGACCGGGCCAGAUCAAGCUUCGCUACUCGGCGAGGGUUGAGCGCCAUGCCGAGGAUCCGGAUACCCUUGUACUCAAAGUCUACGCCCGUAUCUCCCCGCUCUGCGUUCUCGCACAAGGACUCCUACUUCGCCGGCCAGCGCCCCAUCUCCGCUUAUGACAAGCCUCCUGCGACCGAGCCGGAUUCUCCCGAAGCGAACGCGGACGUCAAGACGAACGGUGUCCGUGUGUGGUAUUCAUCGUUCACCUCAAUCGACUGGCUGCACGAUGCGAUCAAGGACCAGGCCCGUCAAGCGCGGAUCCGGAAGCGCAGGUCAAAGCGGGGACGCAUUCUGCGACAGCUAGAUCGGAGCAUUGGGUGGAUUAUCGUUACUAUUGUAGGCUUCUUGACGGCGAUUGUCGCGUUCAGCGUCGUACGUAGCGAGCAGUGGCUGUUCGACGUCAAGGAGGGAUACUGUCGCGACGAUUGGACGAAGGCGAAGCGAUUUUGUUGUAGGGUAGAGGACGACACAGUAUUCAGUGCGCGAGCGCCGUCGUUCCUCACGCUCAAUGUGGAGGAUGACUGCGAUGCGUGGCGCCCAUGGGCUGAAGUCUUCGGCGCUCUGAUCGAAAAGAACGGUGAAUGGAUGGGGCUCAAGGCUGGCAUGUCCCAAUAUAUCGCCUAUGCUGUCACUGCGCUCACUUGGGCAGUGAUAUCGGCAUUGUUGACAAUCCACCUCACUUCUUCCAAUUCAUUCAUCACAAGGAAGGACUCUGGAGUGCUUGCCCCUGACUUCGCAGACGUAGAUGAAGACCAGAAAGCCGCAGCCGUUCCUGCCGGCGAACCCAAACGCAAGGUUACUUACUAUGCUGCGGGAAGUGGUAUCCCAGAGAUCAAGACAAUUCUGUCGGGCUUCGUCAUCCACGGCUAUCUCGGUGGCAGGACUCUAUUCACGAAGUCGGUCGGCCUGGCGCUCUCCGUCGCGUCAGGUCUUUCUCUAGGCAAGGAAGGGCCCUUUGUACACAUCGCCUCUUGCAUCGGAAACAUUGUCAGUCGGUUCUUCAGCAAGUACGAGACUAACGAAGGAAAACGACGAGAGAUAUUCAGUGCCGCAUGCGCUGCAGGCGUAGCAGUGGCCUUCGGCGCCCCCAUUGGUGGUGUUCUAUUCAGCUUGGAGGAAGUCUCGUACUUCUUCCCGGCGAAGGUCAUGUGGAGAAGCUUCUUCUGUGCUAUGGUGGCUGCCAUAACAUUGAGGUUCCUUGAUCCCUUCGGCAGCGGUAAGUUAGUGCUGUUCCAGGUCACCUACGACAAGGACUGGCAUGCAUACGAACUGGUCUUCUUCCUUCUGCUCGGAGUCUUCGGUGGCGUCUAUGGUGCAUGGUUCUCGAAGUUGAACUUCCGUUGGAGUCGUGAUGUCCGCAAAGCGACCUGGCUAGGGAAGCACCCCAUCGCAGAGGUAUUCCUGGUGACUCUCGCAACGACAGUUCUCUCGUUCGUCAACCCAUACACCCGCAUGGGGGGCACCGAGCUUGUUUACAACCUCUUCGCGGAGUGUCGCCCUGGCAGCGCCAACACCCACAUCGGGCUUUGCGUGCUCAACCCUCCGGAACAGGCCAUCCCUGUCAUACGCUCCAUCCUGAUCGCGCUGGUCAUCAAGGGUGCGCUCACUGUCGUCACGUUCGGCAUUCAAGUCCCCGCCGGUAUCUUCAUUCCGUCCCUCGCUGUCGGAGCGUGCGCUGGGCGUAUUAUGGGCAUCCUCGUACAGUGGCUACAAUUCUCUCACCCGAAAAGUGCUCUGUUUGCUAGCUGCGAAGGUGACCUCAACUGUGUCAUUCCGGGUCUGUACGCCAUGGUCGGGGCUGCUGCUAGCUUGUCCGGAGUGACGCGCACGACGGUAUCACUGGCGGUCAUCAUGUUCGAGCUGACGGACACACUGACGUAUGCGGUCCCCGUCAUGUUGUCGGUCCUGGUUGCAAAGACAGUUGCGGAUGCGUUGGAACCCAAGGGCAUCUAUGACCUGGUUAUCGAUCUCUCGCAACUGCCGUACCUGGAUGCAAAACAUGAGUACGUAUGGGGCAAACUGCAAAUCGACGAUGUCACCGACCGCGAUGUCGAUGUCAUCCGCGUCGACCGGGAGAACACCGUCAAGAGCCUCAGGGACCAAUUGCAAGGGCUCAUCGUAAUGGACAAUUCUGACAGCGGCUUCCCGAUCGUGAGGAGCGAUGACGGCGGCUCGCGCAUGGUCGGUUACAUCGGAGCCAGUGAACUGGAGCAUGCUCUUACCGUCGCCGCCGACGAGGCGGACAAGCCCAUUAGGUUCUCUGGCCCUGGUCUGUAUGCACACGGCGGCCCGAUGACUUCGUCAGUGUCGUCGUUGGAAGCCGGGUCCACCCUCCUCGCUGUCGACCCAUUCGACUUCUCUCCGUACAUGGACCAAGCCCCGCUGACGGUUCAAUCCAACUCUCCCUUGGAGCUCGUACAGCAGUUCUUUACGAAGCUUGGCGCUCGUUACGUUGUCGUGACGGACGCCGAUGGCUAUUACGAGGGUGUCAUAGACAAGAAGACAUGGCUUCACUUCUUGUCUCAGUUGGAAGGACACUGAUGAAGAUUUGACGUAGUCAAUCAAUCAUGAUUUUCUUAGGAUCUUCUGCAGUAGGGAUUUGGACCAAGAAUCAAGAACUCGCAUUCAAUGCACAUACCAUUCACCUUUGCAUACGUCGACUAUCAUAUCACUCGCUAUCAAAUCGCAAUCCGUAUCCUAAAGCAUCGUUCAACUCUAUGUCCACGUCCAGCAUGUAGUUUACAGGUCUCCGUAGGUUCCUCGCAAUCGAAGCACAAUCAUGCUUUUGGCGCGAAGCAGUGGUGGGCAUGAGAACCCAAC